CUUGAAAUAACUUGCCGAGCUGGGCUAGCCAUGAUCACAUUAGGUCUUAUCUUGCUUUCCGUGUCUGUAUUUAGCAACUUGGCAGAUAGGAUCUUUCGAGCGGAAUGGCCUUGUUCGAAGGUAUAUGUCUAGCCAUUUUGAUUCACAUUGGAGGUGUGGUAGAGGCAGCACAUACAGUGGAUGGAAACUGGGGCGCAUGGACGAAUUACAGUGACUGCUCUCACACGUGCGGAUUUGGUACACAGUCUAGAUGGCGCUAUUGUAACAACCCUAGACCCAGUCACCAUGGCCAUUAUUGUCAGGGAGAACAUCACGAGACUCGACCAUGUCACAUAAAACCAUGUCCAAUCAAUGGUGUUUGGGGGCAUUGGACAGCCUAUCAGGCGUGUUCAGUAACAUGCGGAACUGGUACGAAAUCUAGAUAUAGGUAUUGUAAUUCGCCACAUCCGGCUUACGGUGGUCUCGAUUGUAAAGGUGACAGCUUUCAAACGCUAUCAUGUUCCACGAACUCGUGUCCAGGUCAAGUUGGCGUUGUUAACGGUGGUUGGGGAGAAUGGUCAGCACUGUCUACAUGCACUCAUUCUUGUGGCGGAGGAACACAAACAAGCUACAGGUGGUGUGAUAAACCGAGGCCAUCUGGCGGCGGCCAUGACUGUCCCGGAAGUGACGUUACGACACAAAUAUGCAAUACGCAGCAAUGUCCUUGCCAUGGAUCUUCAUGUCCAGUGGAUGGUGACUGGGGACAAUGGACCGGGUACCAGGCGUGUUCUAGGACAUGUGGAACUGGGACCCAGACACGAUAUCGAUACUGUAACUCUCCACAUCCGGCUCACGGUGGUAAAGACUGUGUGGGGAACUCUUAUGACACACAGAACUGUUAUUUGAUGGCCUGUCCCGGAUCUACAGUUGUGAAUGGAGGAUGGAGUCUAUGGAGUACAUAUGGGACUUGUUCUAAAUCAUGUGGAACUGGUUCCCAAUCAAGGUACCGUGUUUGCGACAACCCGAAACCAAGUCAAGACGGAAGUCCAUGUGUAGGUGUAUCCCAGCAAACAAUCGCAUGCCACACGGAAGCGUGUUCUUGCUCGGGAGCCAGCUGCCCAGUAAAUGGUGGAUGGGGACACUGGUUGCCGUUUUCAUCUUGUUCCCACACGUGCGGAACUGGUACAAAAUCAAGAUGGCGCUACUGCAACAACCCGAGACCAAGUCAUGGUGGGCAGCCGUGCCAUGGCACCCAGACAGAUACACAAUCUUGUCAUCUUGCCGAUUGUGUUGGUCCAUCUCCAGUUGAUGGAGGCUGGACCUCUUGGACCUCCUGGGACAAGUGCACACAGACCUGCGGCUCAGCAACGCACUCCAGGCACCGUAGCUGCACGAACCCGCCACCUGCCCAUGGUGGAGACAGCUGUUCUGGUGCUUCAACACAAACGCAAAGCUGUCACCUCCAGGAUUGUCCUGCAAAUGCAUGCGGAACAUCACUUGUAUCUAGCACGUCCACUAAGAUUGUUGGGGGAAAACAAGCACAACAUGGUCAGUUUCCGUGGCAGAUAUCCCUACGUUACUAUGGUGAACAUAUAUGUGGCGGGACAUUGAUCAGUGACCAGUGGGUUCUAACCGCAGCACACUGCUUUGAAGACCUUGGAACAACAGCAAGCCAGUGGUCAGUGGGCGUUGGUCUGCAAGAUCAGAACCACGUGUACGGAAGUAAUGUUGUGCACGUAAGUCACGUGUAUGUCAAUGAGCAGCACAAUUCGAAACUUGAAAAGAACGACAUCGCCCUGUUAAAAUUGAGCAAGAAGUUAGACAUAACCGGAAAAUAUGUUCGACCUGCUUGUUUACCUCAGUCUCAGGAUGCGUUCGAUUCGGACACUUGUGUGGCUUCAGGAUGGGGAGCAACAUACUAUGAUGAAGAUGGUAACGCGCCUGGAACCAGAUACCUGAUGUAUGUCAACCUGGACACAAUAACUAACUACCGAUGCAAGACCCUGAUGGGAUGGAACAGUGUCUACGACACAAAUCUGUGUGCCGGGGCAGUACGAGGGGGAGGAAAGGACACAUGCCAGGGUGACUCUGGCGGUCCGCUAGUGUGCCAGAAGCAUGGGGUAUGGGAAAUUGCCGGUGUGACAAGUUGGGGAGACGAGUGCGGCAAAAGUAUGAGUCCCGGGGUGUACACCAGGGUGUCCUCAUACCUAACAUGGAUACAGCAAAAGAUGAAUAAUGGCUAAAAUAGAUUGUCUCUAAUCAGCUGAGUGAUUUUGAUGUCCAAUGUAAGGCAACUAUGAAAAUAAAUAGCACAAGAAAA